AUGAGUGAGAUUGAGGAGGAUGGUAGCAGUGCUGAUGCCUGUGAUGGUAGCAGUGCUGAUGGUAGCAGAGAUUAUGGUAAUGGUAGUAGUGCUUAUGAUGAUGGUAGCAGUGCUGAUGGUAGCAGUGAUGAUGGUAAUGGAGCAGUGCUGAUGGUGAUGGUAGCAGUAGUGAUGGUAGCAGAGAUGAUGGUAAUGGUAGCAGUGCUGAUGGUGAUGGUAGCAGAGAUUAUGGUAAUGGUAGCAGCGCUGAUGGUGAUGCUGAGAUCAGUACUUCUGAGAUAUUAGACAAUUGAUGUUUUGUAAAUGCAAAACAAGACCUUUUUUAUAUUAAAAGUUGGGUUGUUUACAUUUAUACUUUCAAUAGCUUUGUAGUUUUGAAAUAUAAACAAUCAUAUUAAAAAAUUCUUUAUGAUCACAAUGGCUUAAUUUCUCAUGACCCUCCCUUUUUGGCUUUCUAUUUUUUUCAUGACCCUCCCUUUUGAAGGGCUCAAAAAAUUAUGACCCUCCCCAGUUUUCCCCACCUCCCUCCCUCCUGCUAAUUUCUGACAAAUCCCUGAGAUCGAUUUUUCUACCAGAUCUAACAGGCUUCAACAAUUAUGGAAAAUACUUUUUCAAAUUUAUUAUGAUUCUUCAGCGGGGAAUAAUACUUUUGAUGAUGGGUUGAUAUUACUUUAUAUUAGGGAUGCAAUUAUGUGUUUAAAUGAAUGUAACCGAGUGCUAGAUUUAUCGUAUCAAUGCCCUGUACAGUACUCUGGAGGGGCAGGAAGACGAAAGUUGGCCGUUACAAAGAAUCAGUUGGAAUACUUAAUCGAUAAUGACUUCAUUGCCAAGGACAUUGCAAGCAUGUUAAACAUCACUGUUCGAGCUGUACAUCGUCGAUUUCAGGAGUUUGAACUUUCAAUCCAAGCAUCUUAUUCUUUCAUCAGUGAUUCAGAUCUCGAUACUGUUCAGAUCUCGAUACUGUUGGGUAUCGCAGAGUGCAUGGAGAACGUGGCAGGAGAAAAAUAA